GUUGCUAUGGGCAAUUGGUCAGCUUUUCCUCUUCGCAGGCUUUGAUAAAUCUCCCCCAUUACCUCUACAUAGUGACUGGGUAAUUACCACCAUACUGAUGGCGAAAAUGGCUCCCAAAUACAGCAUGAAAGAUCUAAGAAAUGCUGGAGAGAAUUUCCUACAACAUUUAAAACAAACUAACAGAAUGGAUGUGACCAGCAAAGAAGAGCUGAGAAGUAUCUAUAAUGUCUUCAAAAAACAGCAUGCUGGUCUACCAAAUUUUUCUGCUGCUCUGCAUGGCCUUAAAGGGUCAGGAAAAGCAUUGGUAAGAGAAGACUCAAUUCGACUGAGCGAGGUUUCAAGGAGAAGAUCAAGACUCGCUGAUCAAUGGCAUAUGCCCAAUGAACAAGAUCAGGGACCGUUUUCUAUUCAGGCAACUCAGCCUGGGAACAAUUAUACAAAAUCACAAGCACGAAGUAUUAUUCAGUCGUUGAAGAAAAACAGGCAAGAAUUUAUCCAAAGCAAAAAUGGGAUUGAGAUUAGAUCCAGCCAUGAUCUUACAGAUGGUCGGAUAAGGUUUUCCCUUCCACUGGAUGAAACAAAGACUGUCUCCAUUUCUAUUGCAAAUAAAUCUACCGAAUGUGUGACAUUUGUCCAGUACAAGCUUCUGCGAAAGAUGCGCAUCUUUUCAUUUCAAGAUGAGCAAAAUGUAUCUGCCACCAAUACUAAAAUACUGAAUCCAGGAGACGUAUAUGACAUUUUUGUGAACGCUUACUCAUCUUAUUACGGGUAUUUCCCUGUAACUAUUGUGUUUGAAUUCACAAGAGAAAAUGCAAAAUCCAGCUCGAAAUUUCUUAUUGGGAGGUUCGUCUCUGCAGUUUGUAACAGUAAAUUGGCGGAGGACCUCGCACCAACAUCCAGAUACAUCCCCUAUCAAAAAAACCUUCAGAAGAUUGUCACAAGAAUUGAGGAUGAUGGAAUUCCACCUGACAGGUCUGUGUCCUAUUCUUUAGAACAGGUGAUUUCACUUGGUAACUUUCUUCCACCCUCAUACCUGAGAGAAGGCAUUGGAAAUGGAGAGUUCUCAAGAAAAGGACCCAAAAAGACCACAUCAUUUGGAUCUAAUGAAUGGCAUUUGCUGACCGCACCCCUAGCAUUUAACAACUAUCAAGAGAAAUUUCACUUGCUGCUACAUUUAGAAGAAAUUCAAAUGGAGAUUGACAUCCGAAAGUAUGACCAACAGCGCCAAACCAUGGAAAAAGAUAAACGAGACCACCGUCUCUUAAUCCUUGAUGUUCCAGGUGUAGCUGAAAACAGGCCAUCAGUACUAAGGGGAGAUCACCUUUUUGUGACUAUGUCUGAAGAGCCCGAAUCUCCUAAUAAAAUCUCCUACAAAGGCUAUGUGCAUGGUGUGGAGCUAGAAAGAGUCAAACUUGGAUUUUCUCCAAAUCUUCUGCGCAGAUUUAUUUCUGGAAUGCUGUUUGAUGUCACAUUUACAUUUAACCGCAUGCCACUGAAGAUUCACCACAGGGCAGUUGAUCUAGCAAGAACGAAAUGUCUACAAGAUUGUCUCUUUCCAACUGGAUCACACCAACAAUCACCCACUGUUAAUAUAGACACGCUGAGACUUUAUGACCAAAAACUUGAGAAUAACCAAGAACAGUUCAUGGCUGUAAAGCAGGUUGUAAGUGGAUUGUCCAGACCAGCUCCUUACCUCAUAUUUGGCCCACCUGGCACUGGGAAAACUGUGACUAUGGUUGAAGCCAUCAAACAGGUAGUAAAGAACAUCCCUGAUUCCCACAUUUUAGCAUGUGCACCAUCAAACAGUGCAUCAGAUCUAAUCUGUGAGCGCUUGAUGAAGCACAUAGAUAGGAGACAGAUCUACAGGAUAAUGGCUAGCAGCAGGGAUUACCGGUUUGUUCCAGAAACUAUCAAGCCUCUUUGCAACUGGGAUGAUAGAUCUGAGUCCUAUGAAUAUCCUAACAAAAAGAAGCUCAUGGAAUACAAAGUUAUCAUCACUACCCUUGUUACAGCUGGAAGGCUUGUAUCAGCACAAUUCCCACCUGGCCACUUUACCCAUGUCUUUAUUGAUGAAUCUGGACAUGCCGUUGAGCCCGAGUGUAUAACAGCUGUAGCAGGUAUUCUGGACGUAACGGAAGGAGGGCAGCUGGUUCUGGCUGGUGAUCCACAGCAGCUAGGCCCAGUAUUAAGGUCUCCAUUUGCUAUAGAUCAUGGAUUAGGUAUGUCAUUGCUUGAAAGGCUGAUGACUCAAAACCCGCUGUAUGGAAAAUCCAAUGGGUCUUACAACCCUCAGUUUGUCACAAAGUUACUGCAGAAUUACAGGUCCCAUCCUGACAUUCUCUUUGUUCCAAAUGAACUUUUUUAUGACAAUGAGCUCCAGGUCAGAGCUGAUGAAAUGGUCACAAGGUCAUACUGCAAUUGGGAGAAGUUGCCUAAAAAGAAUUUUCCAAUUAUAUUCCAUGAUGUGCUUGGAAAGGAUCAGCGAGAAGGGAACAGCCCGUCCUUUUUCAAUGUAGAAGAGAUAGAGGUGCUGAUGUCUUAUCUCCACAGCUUGCUAGACACACAAGGAAAGAAAGGCAUAGCCAAAAUUUCUCCCAAAGAAAUUGGCAUCAUUGCUCCUUAUAGAAAGCAGGUGGAAAAAAUUCGGAAAGCUAUUAAUCUUAAAUUCAAAGCUGUGACGGAUAUUAAAGAUCUUAAGAUUGGUUCUGUGGAAGAAUUCCAGGGUCAGGAAAGGAAAGUGAUCAUGAUAUCUACAGUACGGAGUUCUAUGGACUAUGUCAAAUUUGAUGAAGACUUUAGUCUUGGAUUUUUGAAAAAUCCUAAGCGGUUUAAUGUCUCAAUUACAAGGGCAAAAGCCCUUUUAAUCAUGGUCGGCAAUGCCAUCAUCCUACGGAAAGAUCCAAACUGGUCUCGGUUUUUAAAGUUUUGCUCUGAGAAAGGUGGUUUUUGUGGCUUCCAAACUGAAGACCUUGAAGAUCUGGAUGAAACAGAACUUACAGAGCUAUUUGGAAACAUUAAUAUCAAUGAGCCACCACCCUGUGAGCAGAGUGGAGAGAGCGCAGUGCAGCAGCAGGGAGAGCCAGCAUGGAGACAUGAACAUUAACUUGUCCUUGCCCAUGAUUUGUUCUGGAGUUCUUUGCACAUGCCUACCUGUUGCUUGCAUAAAGUAGCCUGUUUAUAUUCUUUAAUUAGCAAUGGAUACUUCUGCAUUUAACUUCUACAUUUAUUUCUAUGUGAUAUAUUUUCUUGCCAAGUUGAGUUUUUUUGCUUGGUAAAAUCGUUUUUUCUUCCAAGAUCAGUUUCUAAUUCUCACAGGUGAUAUCGACCAGCAUUCUCAGACUCCACAUCUGGAGAGGUGUAAGUUUUUUUCUUUUGGCGUUUUUGCCUUCCGUAAACUGUGGCAAUAGUGGUUGUCAAAAACCUUUCCUAGUAUAAAAUACAAGACUCUGUUCUGCAAGUGUUCCAUCGGGAGCCACCAUCACAGAUCCCAAUAGAAAUGCUGGACAAGCUUGCUGAGAGCUUGCCUUAGGAGACCAAAUUUUAUUUAUACAAAUUUUACUUAAUAUGUCAUUUAUCAAUGAUCAGAGAUGUGAAAAUAUUUAAUUCCGACUGUGUCUUGUCUAUUUCACAUGUAUAGUCAUCGCUGGCAAACACUAACAAAGACUUUUAUUUUUUUCAUUUAUUCACUUAGUGACACAAUAUCACUGCAUUUGGAGUGGAUAACACUUAGCACAAACUAUCUGCACGAGUUGUUCAAUAUUUAUUGUCCUGUUUAUGUGGGGACCAAAUUUGGUACAUCACUGAAUUGUAUAUCUUGUUAAUAUUUUAUAAAGGGGAUUUCUAGAUUUAACCUUUUUUUUUAUUUCUUUACAAUUUAAACUAAAAUACCACUAAAAAAAAGUUUACAUUAAAGAACAGUAACUUUUUCACUGCUAAUUUCGAUUAUUUAGAUCUGUUUUUUAGAUUUUCUUAUUAGAUUGGUGUUGAGGUAGGGGGAACAAGGUGUUCGAUUCUAAAUAUGCAUGUUGUAACUUUGGUUAGAGCUGGCACACAGGUGACACAGCACAUGUUCACAAUCCACCUUUAUACCGGCGCACAUAGGACAUUACUUCAUCUCAUCUUUGUUAGUUCCUGGUUAAUAAAUCAUUUGUACUCUGUCUAGUUUCUAUGUUGAAAUGUAG